GAUGUUCUUAUUAGCAGCCAUCAAAAUUUUAGCAGAAUUUUGCUUCGUGUCGGAACUGUAAAAUAUAAUAUCAAUUAUCCCGUACUUCAGCAACUACGUAUGGGAUUAGUGUGCUUUUAAUAUAAACAUUUUUAGAGUUCUUCCAUAAAGUGCAAAGACUUCACGAUAAUAGUCGUAAAUUGUGGUAGCAAAUUGACAAAAGAACGACUUGUUUUCGUUGUGCAGAAAAUGAAAUCGGACGCGUGCUUGUGUGUUUCCCGAAUUUGCCGCGUUAAUUAGCGGGAUUAUCUGUUAAAAGAAGAAAAUUUAAACAUUCUGGCAUUGAUUUAGCUAGUUGAAGCCGACUAUCUUUAUAUGAAAAGUUUGGAUGUCAUACAAACUUUUAACACAGCUAAGUAUUGUUUACGUUUUUUUCUGGUGGAAUUGCAAGCUGGCCUGAAUUUCCCGCUUUGAUUGUCCUUGAACUAGAAGAGUUUGGUUUUUGGACAAAGUUUUCAAACUAUAGUGUAUUCGAUGAAAAGUUAGUGUAAUGCAAAUGUCUAACAAUCGGUUAAUUAUGAUGCGCGCAGUUUGAGAAAAAUAGUAAACAAAAAUCGGAAAGUAGCACAUAAUGUCGAAAACAACAGUGCUGUCGGUGACAGGAACGACGCCAGGAGGAAUAGCCGGAGGAGGAUCUGCAGGUGGUGAGUUCGAUGUUCCGGGAUUCGAGCAGAGGCUGCGGGAUUUGAAGGACACGCAAGACAGUAUACAGCAGCUAUCUGCGUGGUGUUUGCAACGAAGAGCUCACCACAAAAAAAUUGUUUCCAGCUGGCUUAAUGUGUUGAAACAAGUAAAAGUGGAAAGUCGUUUGACUCUGUUCUACCUAGCAAAUGAUGUGAUCCAGUACAGCAAGCGAAAAAACUACGAGUAUGUCGAUAGCUGGGGAACAUAUUUGCAGAAAGCGACGACUUUGGUUCGGGAUGAAAAAGUGAAGCACAAAAUACUGCGAAUAUUCAGGAUCUGGGAACAGCGGGAAAUAUACAAUGACGAAUUUUUGGCCGAUUUAAAUGGCCUUCUGAGUGCGACAUCAGCGAAGAAAACUGAUUCGUCGAGUAAUGCGUCGAUCUCGGGCUCCGCGGGAAGCACCGGUGGUACCACAACGGCAACCUUGGCUACUGGUCCUACAAGAUUGGUUGAAGCCAAGAAUGCAGCAGCUGCGGCUGCUAUCGACAUCGAAGACUUCCAAACAGCUUCACUUGUUUCGAUCAUCAAGGAAUGUGUCAAGAACGAAACCGAUACCGAUACUACGUUUAAGAGUCUGAACAAGACCCCUUCACUCGAUGUAGAACUAGUGAAGAACUCGAUCAAAGGCAAGGAUCGAAAACGAGUUGAAGAUAUUGAACGCGAAAUCGAGGAAAAUCUUGUUCACUACCAGAGCUAUGUACACAGCCUGAAGACGGAGCUUAAGUCCAGACGAAUGCUGCUUACAUUACUAGAACAGGCUGAAACUUUUUACCACAAUCAGCGCGGGGAAGUGAAAGUUGUUGCCAACGCAUACAGAAAUUUUGGUAAUCGAUUGAAAAGUAUGAAGAAAAAGCUGGAUGAGCUAACAACUACGCUGCCAAGCCCAAUUCCUUCGCCGGAUAUCAAUGCCCCCUCGCCUGAGCCGGACAUGGACCUUCAGCUUCCUGACGACCAAAGUUUUUUCAAUGUAAACGGGAUGAUGAACAGCUACAUGGACGGAAACCUCCCCUUCGAUAUCAAUGAUUUCAGGCGCGAUUCUCCAACCGCAAGCGCGGUGCAAUCGAUACAAGUGAUAAAUUCACGAAAGGAAGAAUCGGAGGGAGUAAAUGACUUUCUGAAAACGUUUUUCCCAGAUUCCAACAAUCAGUCAUUUGCUGCAAGUAGAGGUAGACCAGGAGCGGUUGGUCAUCCAAUUCAUUCAGGAACGAACAGUAGCGGCCCCUAUGUACCGUCGCAUAGCAGUAAUUCCUCUUUGGAGGAAUUUGCCAACGGAGGAACUUCAGCUGACUAUACUGCCAGUCUCAACAGUUACGGAGUUCCAUCGAGUGUGGUCGGUACUGCCUCGGACUACGGACUGCCAAGUCUUGUACCGCGGCAAAAUAAUCACCAUCCCGUUGGUAUGAAUCGUCCCUUCAAUAGUGGUCCACAAUACAAUCAACCAAUGCUCUCGGAUUAUUCUGCGGGAAGGCCUCAACCCGUUUCGAGGGGUCCUUUGCUGCCGCCACCAGCGCCAGUUAACUUGGAUCGAUCUGAUGAGUAUAAUUCUACCUGGGACAUGUCAAUGACUUGGGACGGACCACAUGAUCAGUCUGGUUUCCAAAAUCUUGAUACUCCGGUGUCACCACCGCACUACGAACGGAAGGGUAUCAACUCCAAUGUAAUCGAGUACAUUGAUGGGGCGAAUGAAGACGAACCGCUACAAGAUGUGGACCAUCGGCAGCUUCCUAACAUGCCAAUUCCUGCCUUCUUGAAGGAUAAGGGUCGACUAAUGGAUGUGGACCAUCGCAAUCUAAUUUCGCUUACUGGUUCACCUGGUCCACUGCUCAAAUCCAGUUUGGACGAUCUUGAAGAUAUUGAUGAUGAUGAUGAAGAUGCCGAUUUAUUGUUAGAGGCUGAUAACGAUAACGAUACAGAAUCGCAGGUGCAAUCGACUACAGCAGUUGUCGAAGUUGAAAAAUCAACUACAAAUUCAGAUCUCAUGUCAGCCGUUGGUUCCUUCUGGGGUAGCGGUGGCGACGUUGAUCUAAGACAUGCCAGUUUGCUACAACCCCCGCCACCGCCAGUGCCCGCUCCAACAGUGACUACCGUUAGCAAUAGCAGUAACGGUAGUAGUACUACUACAACAACUGCUAGUGAAACGAAAGAUCUCGAUUUACGAAUACAAUCGAUACAGAAGGCGAUCGAUUCGCAUUUUGGAGCGUCCACUGAUAACUCCAAGAGUGGCGAGGAUACAGAAAGCAACUUGUCCUCACUUCAGCUUCUACAAACACCUACUUCAUUACUCGAAAUCGAUGACUUUCUGCAAAAUUUCGAAAGGGAAAAUUUUGACCUUAGUAAACCGCCCAGUGUGCUAAUGAGUAAUCAGUCAGAAGUAUCGCUUUCGCCUCCUCCAUCGCUUCUGGAUGCCGAUGCCUCGACACCAAAACGAACCCCUCGUGAGCAUAACAAUGACACCCCGCAAAAUGACGAAAAAGAUCCUGCAGAAAACAACGAGAGUGUGGACAUGGAUCUUUCUGAUGAAGAGUACGUUCCAGAGCAUCCAACAGAAUCAACGUCAGGUAAGAGUGGAACUUCGUCGGACAAGCCUUCAGCUUCGUCUCCUCGUUCUUCAAUUUCUUCGCUGAUUACGGUGGUGGGAAGUAGCAACUCAAAAUCAAUCGCACCAGCGUCCGGUACAACUUCAGUCGACUCGACGAUAAAUUCUCUUUCAGCGCCAUUACCAGAAGAUGACGACGAUAUUCCGCUGGAAGAUUCAACGGAACCAUAUGAACCAUUUGAAGGUGAAGAUGUUGAUGAUCCUUUAACGGACAUCCCAGAUUUUACUGAGAACGUACAAAGCAUUAACACGACGACAACAACAACAACUAUGACGACGCCAACGACUCCAACUGUUCAGCAAGCACGUCCUCCUUUGUUGCCGGAUCCAGAAUUUCCUCCAUCAUUCGCUUUCCAACAACAACAACAACAACACCAGUCGCAGCAGCAAAAACCAUGGGAGUUAGCACCACCUCCUUUGAAUAACUUUGGUAAUCCCAAUAUUCCAAGUUUGGCUGAUUUGGCUAACUUCGGAGAUUUCCCCAGCUUGGCAGCGGGGUUGAGUAAUUUUAAUCAACCUCCGCCGAACGAGUGGGGUCAACCACUAUGGAACAAUCAGAUGGGUGGCCCAAACGGUGGUAUUCCGAUGGGUGGUGGUCUCAAUCACUUUGGCAACCCAAACCGAGCACCCUUCGGUGGAUCUCCGUUCGGAAACAAUAAGAACAACUUUAGAAACCAAUGGCCGGGUGGAAGAGGCGGAGGCAAUGGCGGUGGAGGAGGUCCAAGGCAUGGUUCACCGUAUUUCCGGGGUGGUGCAGGCGGUAAUCGUGGAGGCGGACGAGGUAACUUUCGAGGAUUCCGAGGUGGAGGAGGUCACCACAAUAACCGAGGAGGAAAUUGGGAUUGAACGUAAUAGAGCAAAAAGAAAAUGAAACUCCUUUUCUGAGUAGAAUUCAGCCCUGCUUAGUCGAUAUGGUGUCGCGAGAACUAUUUCCAAUCAACUAGCGAAAAAAUAACAGUAAACAACACGUUUAUUUUUUCUUGUAAAUACUAGUGUAUAAGUUGUGGACAAAAAUAAUAUAAUCUUAAGUCAUUAUUACUAAAGAUAUAUAAAACAGCAGUAAUCUGAACAACUAGAUUGCGAAGAUGGGUAGGAUAAACUCUUCUAAUUGAUCUUUUUGGACACUAUUUCACAUAUAUUAGAAUGUGCAUAAACUAGUUGGAUAUUUUUCUUUUCGCUAGAGCUCAAUGGGGCGAGCGUUAAAAUAAUAGAAACCAAACAAACUUUACGUUAAUAAUUGUCAUUCAGAAUUACAGGUUGAAACACCAGGACUCAACGUGUUAAACACAUCAAUACAAACAUCCGCGUACUGUUGUACUCUAUGAAAACAAAAAAAAAAACAAGUGAAAUGAAAGUUAAGCAGGAGAUUUUUUUCCGAUAUAUAAUAAACGUGUAAAUACAGUUAUUUAUGCAGAUUUUCUUCAAUACAAAAUUUGUGUUUCACAGCUACUCUUUACACUUAGUAAGGUAGAUUAUCACCUGUAAGGCAGCGUUGAUUUUUUGGAAGAUCUUAAAUUGAAAUAAUGAGCUGUAUUCGUUAUUACUUUAGAUAAAACUUUGGAAUAAAACAGUGCAAAUAA